GUCUUCGAAAGCAAGCGAAGUGUCAUGGCAACGAUUUCGUCAACUCUACUAUUAAAUUCUAGAUCAGUUUUACCUCCGAGAUUCACGAAACUCUCGGGAUUUUCUUCUCCCUCACCAUUUCCUAGAUCCUGCCGAUUUAGACACCGUAUUCUGGAAUCCUUUCCCGACGGAACUCUUUCGCCGGGAAGCAGAGCCGGCGGUGCUAUGGCGGCUACAUCGGUGCACGGGGUAGUGACGGAGACGAUGAAGCUUAUCCAAUCGGCUUCACCUACCUGGAAAUCCGCAGUGGCUAACAAUUUAUUGAUUUUUGUUCUCGGGUCACCGCUUCUUGUUACCGGAUUGUCCGCUUCUGGGAUCGCCGCUGCAUUCUUGCUCGGUACUCUAACUUGGCGGGCUUAUGGCUCUGCUGGUUUCCUCUUAGUCGCUGCUUACUUCGUCAUAGGAACAGCGGCAACGAAGGUUAAAAUGUCGGAAAAGGAAGCACAAGGCGUGGCCGAGAAGAAAAAAGGUAGAAGAGGACCACGCAGUGUGAUUGGUUCAAGUGCUGCUGGUUGUGUCUGUGCUUUUCUUUCAAUAUAUCAAGUGGGAGGAGCAGCUUUUUCUCAGCUUUUCCGGCUUGGUUUCGUUUCCAGCUUCUGCACUAAAGUGUCCGACACCGUCUCGAGCGAGAUAGGGAAAGCUUAUGGAAAAACAACCUUUGACCUCUUCUGCAAUGCCUCUGUUGGCUGUUUCCUUGGUCAGAUAACUCCUCCAGAAGCAGCUGUAUGUGUACUCGCUUCCCAGAUUGCGAAUCUUGGAGAAAGCAUAAUAGGUGCAUCUUUUCAAGACAAAGAAGGAUUCGAAUGGUUAAACAAUGAUGUAGUCAACGUGAUCAACAUAAGCUUGGGAAGCAUCGUGGCGAUUUUGAUGCAGCAAUUUAUACUCCAGAACUGGGUU